GGUCAGGUUUAAAAACGUCACCGACCGCGUUUGGGACCCUUUUCUCUUCGGCUGUCGGUCUUGUUGGUUGAGUUGAGCUGAUGCAGUUUUUGGUGAACUUGUUUGGAGAGUUCAGUAGUCAUCAGGUCACAGAACUAACUGUUCAAAUAACACACGUGGACAACACAAGUUUAUUGUGCAGAUCAAAUCAUCAUGAAGUCACCUUAUCACUGGGAGACUCAUUGCAACAUGGCAGCUCAAGAGGAUGGAAACUCAGGACUAAGCUGAAGAGUUGUGUGAACAGUCAUAAAGAAUGUAAAGAAGAAAAACACAUCUGCUGUUGAGCAGAUGUUUGAAUGAUGGUUGCCAUGCAGUGCUGCGUGUUCUGCCAACUAAACCAGCUGAUCACCGAUUGAUUUCAUGCAGAGGUUGAGCUGUUUCUCUGGAAAAUGAUUCCUCUUCUGCAGUGCUUCUACACCUUAGAGAUGGCAUCCAUGUAAGUCUGCUGGUCUGAUCAUGGGCCCUGAACUUUGCCAUCAAGUGACGUUGACAGUGGUUCCAGCAACUGCCAAUAUACCUGAAAACGUCAUAUGGUGCCAAAACAACUAAUGGAUAAUGGCAGUGAAGAUGGAUAUCAUUUUUUAAACAUUUUACACUGAAAUUACAAUAAAAUGUGAAAACAGAUUUCGAAUCCGUGAUGUAACUUCUUGAGUUUCCACAAUGGUACAUGCAAGCAUAUGUUUGUAUGUCAGAGCUAAACUUGAAUUUUCUGGUGCCCUUCUCAACCCUUGGGGGAGGAUCAUGAAGACACAAAAUGAACAUUAUAUGUAACAUUUUUUUUUGUAACUUAAAUUACUCAUUGUACCUCUUGUCAAAAAGAAGUCGGGUGGUUGGAACUGGUACCUGCACCAUCUGUUUCUGUAUUUUGACCUUUGAGUGACCAGAUGCUGUUGCAGAAACUACAGUAGCAUAUGCCGGGAUCCAGGGAUGUUUCUAUUUUACAUUUGUUUUGAAUUUAGCACGAAUGUAGUAAUGACGAAUGAUGCCACGUUAACCCUUUGAUGGGCAGUGGGGGUCAGGAGAUACGGAUUUUCCAUUGGAUUUGGGUCACUUUUGACCCAUGUUGUACAUCAAUGGGUUACCAACUUGAGUAAAGUGCUGAAUCUCUGAAAAAUGGUCCUUAAGUUCAGAAUCUUAGUAUUUGGUGUGCCUUCUUUUUACCUUAAUGACAGCAGCAUACGAACCACUCCACUCCAGUUUGUGCAAAACCUGGUAAUCCAUGUUAUCCCAACAAUGAUCCAAUAAGCUUUUUGUGAUGUCAGUAUUGUUUGCAAAAAUUAGUUGAUCUCGUGACUGUGGAGGAAAGUCCAUAAUGGCCAGCUGUCCUUGAUCUUCCUUGGGGGUCGGUUUCAAAGAUGUGAGGUGUGUUUGGUCUUGUUGUCAACCUGCAGUAAGAGUCCUUAAAGAUUCAAACCAGGGGGUGCAGCAUGUCUCUAAGAGUGUUAAUUAUUUCAGUCAAGGUGAAAUUAAGUACAGGUUUCCAGAGUAGUAAAACGCUUCCAGACAUGAACCCCACCACCAUGUUUCACUGUGGAUCUGACACAUUGUGGUAUUAUUCCUUCUCCUGGUCUCUAUGUUACUGCCAGAAAUCGCACACUUGUAAAAAGGAUUUUUUUUUUCUCCAUCUACUGAAAUUUCAGAAUGUCUUAGGUUUAUCCAAGUGGUUUAGAGGUUUCGUCCUCUGACGCCCUCACUGGACCGCCCUCUUUUGAGAGCACGUUUGCUGGUUGCAGUCUUGUGCUCUUUAUUUCGCAAAUUCUGUUUAUGUGGUGAAGUUAGUUUUUUUGCUUUGCUUGAUGUAUUCAUUUUCUGCUCACUUUCGAUUGUUCUUUGUAACUAGCCCACUUCAAUCCACUUGUAAUUUGACACAGAACUUUUCUCUUCCGCUUCCUCUUUUCAAUUCAAAUGAUGCAACUGUCGCUUACUUGCAACUGCAAGUUUCCCACUGUAUCACAAUGCUUCUUUGUAUGCCACGUCUGUUGAAACUCGACACUGAGCCGUGUUUAUAGCAGGAGAGCAGUGGCUUGAAGUUGAUAAACUUGAACAGAUUUCCAGUGAUUCGAUCCAAACCUGAGAGUUAUCUGAACGCUGCUUCAGUAGAAGAGAAGCAAUUUAAGUUCAACAUGACAUCUACCUGCGUGAAGAUGAUUCACUCCCUGUACAAGCAGGGAGGAGAGGGAAGCCCCUGUAAUCCAGUGAAAUUUAAAGGUCAAGACUUUAAGCAGCUCAAGGAGACUCUUCUUAGAGAGGGGAAGAAGUUUGAGGACGAAACUUUCCCAGCAAACAUCGACUCUCUGGGACAAUUUGAGGAGCUCACAGCUGAGCAGCUCAAAGAAGUGAAGUGGUGUAGACCACACGAGCUUAACCCCAACCCUUCAUUUGUUGUGGAUGGAGUUUCAAGGUUUGAUUUUCAGCAAGGAUUUGUUGGCAACUGCUGGUUUCUUUCAUCCAUCGGAGCGCUGACUAAACGCAAAUCGUUGAUGGUACAAGUGGUGCUUCCAGAUCAAAGCUUCAAGGACAAUUAUGUGGGGAUAUUUCACUUCAGGUUUUGGAGAUUUGGAAAAUGGGUGGACGUUGUCAUUGAUGACUUGUUGCCAACUCUCUACGAGCAGCUUGUGUCAGUUUCCUCCAAGUCUGGAACAGAGUUCUGGCCUCCUCUACUGGAGAAAGCAUAUGCCAAGGUUUGUGGAUCUUAUGGAGACAUGAUCGCUGGUCUCCCGCCUGAAGCCUUGAAGGACUUCAGUGGAGGUGUCCAUAUGAACUACAAGCUGUCCAAACCCCCGCCUGACCUGUGGGAUGUCAUGAUCAGGGCCACGCAGUGCAAAACGAUGAUGGCAUGUGGAACUUUUAGUGGGGAGAAAGGAGAAGAGUACAGUAACAAGUUUGGUCUGGUGGCAGGUCAUGCCUUUGCUGUAACAGCAGUCAAGCAGGUAGAGAGUCAAGGGAAAAAGGUGAAUCUGGUGAGGAUCUGGAACCCGUGGGGAGAGAAAGAAUGGACUGGAGAUUGGAGUGACCAGUCAACCCUAUGGAGUACUGUGAGCGAGGAGGUCCAGGAGGAGUGUUUGAAAGUGCGUGAUGAUGGAGAAUUCUGGAUGACACUGGAAGACCUUUGUACCUACUUUGAAGAACUGGACAUCUGCUGCGACAGCCCCAACUUUGUUGAUGACGAUGCCGUUUGCCAGUGGAACUGUUCAGUGAAAGAAGGCCGCUGGGAAGCUGGAAAAUCAGCAGGAGGUGGCGAUUACGACACAGAGGGUUUCUGGACAAAUCCACAGUACCGUCUCACAGUGAAAGAGAUCAAAGGAGGCAACAAUAUCUUACUGUCUCUGCUGCAGAAACCUGAUGAAGAAUAUCGCAGCAAAGUUGUGUAUUACUACAUCGGGUUCACCAUCUACAAGGUGCCAUCAGGGGCACCCAAAGGACGACUUUCAUCAUCAGACCUCAAGGAUGCACCACCUCCCAAAGAGAGUAUCAUGGAUAAGAAAAGAGAAAAGAUUGAGAUGCACAGUUUGGAGCCGGGAGAGUACUUGAUCAUUCCCAGCACGUAUGAUCCCGGCAAGACAGCAAGUUUCAUCAUUACCGUCUACUCCAAAGCAGAGACCGAGAUCGAAUGAGGAAACCUGAUUGUCAAUAGAUGGAGGACAGCAUUUGUUGUUAAUCAAAGUUCUGCAACAAUCUGCAAGUAAUGAAAAUUAAAAGUUGUUUAUGAAUCUUGA